ACCGGAAGUGUUUAGUAAGGCUGUAUGGUGUUGUGGCUGUGUGUGUUUUUUAGGGACUGAAGCUCUUUCUCUGUUUAUAAACUGUGUAAUUUACUGUAUUUCGCGCAGUUAAUCGUGUGUUUUAUAUCAGUGUGGUUUAUUAGCGGUAUAUUAGAGCUCGCGCUGUGUGGAGAAUGUCCUCGCCGGUGGAAAUGACGGAGUUAUAUGAUAACGCGCUGCUCGGGAUUCUGCAGCACGUCGGAAACAUCCAGAAUUUUCUGCAGAUUUUUUUCGGGUUUUUAUACAGAAAAACUGAUUUUUACCGGCUGAUGAGCAGCUCUACCGACCGCAUGGGUUUUCCGCCCGGAGUCGCGGAGAAAAUGGUGCUGAAGACAUUUAAGCUGUUUGAGAAGUGUGCGGCUCAGGACAGAGAGCGGGCGAUGCAGGUUGCUGAGGAGACCAAAGCAGUUCCAGCAGCAGUUCAGGAGCUGGAGGUUCAGUCACAGCCAGAAGAAGCAGAACCUGCUGAAGCCCCUCAGGAACCUGCAGCUGCCUCAGCUUCAGCCACAGAACCAGACGCUGCUUCAGCUAUGGAGACCCAGUCACAAAACAGCGUCCAGCCUGCAGAGAGUGAUCAGGCAGCAGCAGCAGCAUCCAGUUCAGCCUCCGGUUCAGCCUCCGGUUCAGCCUCCGCUUCAGCCUCCGCUUCAGCCUCCAGUACAGAUGCAGGUGGGCAGACUGUUUAUCAAGCCAACUCGGACAGCUACAAUGGUGCAGUUAGAGAAAACUACAGCUGGUCGCAGGAUUACACGGAUGUGGAAGUUCGAGUUUUUGUACCACCCAGUAUCGUCAAGGGCAGACAGGUAUCUGUGAACCUUCAGUGUGGUUCAGUUCGUGUAGCAGUGAAGGAGGGAGCGUCAGAAAAAGUCCUGCUGGAAGGCGAAUUUACUCACAAAAUCAACACAGAGAAUUCGCUGUGGAGUCUGGAGCCAGGACAAUGUGUAUUACUCUCUCUCAGUAAAACUGGGGAGGUGUGGUGGAGCGCGGUGCUGAAAGGUGAGCAGGAGAUCGACGUGAACCAGAUUAACCGCGAGCGCUCCAUGGCCAGCGUGGAUGAGGAGGAGCAUGCAGUGCUGGACCGCCUCACCUUCGACUACCAUCAGAAACUGCAAGGAAAGCCCCAGAGCCACGAGAUGAAAGUUCACGAUAUGCUGAAGAAAGGCUGGGAUGCUGAGGGUUCACCGUUUAAAGGACAGCAGUUUGAUCCUUCCAUGUUCGACAUACCACCAAGCGCUGUCCAGUUCUGAGCUCUGCGGCGUGUUCGGCAGAUGCUGAGAGCAGCACACUCUGACAAAAGCACUGACGACUCGGCUCAGACGGUCCGGAGCUCUCGAUUUCAGGAGCAAACUGCAGCCUGUGGUGAAAAACUGCCAAAAUAAAAGCCUCUGAACUGCGGAUACAACAAUGACUCUCUGACAUGAAUAGGUUACUGUGUGGCUUGGUGCCCGCGUGGGUCUGAUUUAUUAUUAUUACUGCUUUUAUUCAAUAUAAAAAUGUUGCAGCCGGUUGAUUUGGCCCUCUGAUAUAAAAUUAACAUGGAUCAUAUGUUAAUGUUAUUUAAAGGAUGUUCAUCCUAUCAGUGAAAGGUUUGUUUGGAGAUUUGUGUGUGUGUGUGUAAGUCUAGAGUAACUUGAUAGCAUUCUGUAUUAGAAGUGAAUGUGAACAAUGAUAGCCAAAGGUUUUAUUAACCAAAUGAUGAACGAGAUGUUUUACAUGUUUCCUCAUUACACUAAAUUCAGCACGUCUCUGUGUGUAUUAGAGCCACUUUCAUUUAAACGUUUUGGCGACUGAAUUUCAUCAGAAUAUUUUGGGAGGUUCAUUAUAUUUAGUUUUUUUUUUGGUCAUUCAGUUUUUGAUUUGUUUCCUGUGCCUGAACUCAAUAAAAUACAUUUGAGAAAAUCA